AUGGCACCGACGAAGUAUGUUGAUCGCCCUGUGCCGAAAAUCUCCCUCCGCGACUUCGAUGCGCGCAUCGAUGUGAUUACAAAGGAACUUGUUGAUGCUGCAGAGAAUCACGGCUUCUUCUGCAUCGUAGACCACGGCAUAACACGCGACGCUGUCGAUGGCAUCUUCAACCAGUCAGCGCGUUUCUUCAAUCAGCCCGAUCCCGUGAAAUCGCAAGUGCCAUUCUCCCCUCAACACAACGCCGGAUGGGAGAAGAAUGCUCAAAUCCGGCCAUCUACUGGUGCAGUCGACCGCAAAGAGUCUUAUCAAAUGCAAUUCGGCGAAGGCAUGAACGGUCGAUGGCUGAGUGACCAGACCCUUCCGGGGUUCCGAGCAGAGGCUUUGGAGUUCAUGCACAGAGUACAGGCAGUCAGCGAGAGGCUCAUGAGGUGCUUCGCGCGAGGGUUGAACUUCGAGGAAGCUUACUUCGUCAAAGCUCACGAUGUCAGCCGACCAGAGUCUCAGACUGUCUGCCGAUUAUUACAUUACUUUGAGACUCCACAGGUGCCAAAUCCAACAGGAGAGGUGCAUCAUCGAGCGGGCGCACACGCCGACUGGGACUUCUUGACUCUGCUGUUCCAGAAAGCAGGGCAGUCUGGCCUUGAGAUCUGUCCGGGGCGGGAAGUAUCAACUUCGUUCGGGUACGGGGAUGCGUGGACCAAGGUUGAGCCGGACGCAGACAAGAACGCAAUCGUCUGCAACGUCGGUGACCUCCUUAUGUCGUGGUCAGAUGACCGCUUCAAGUCGACCUUUCAUCGUGUCAAGGCUCCAUGUGAGCCUGAUGACUUCUACGGCGAGCGCUACAGCAUCGCCUUCUUCAAUCAGCCAUGCAAAGACGCCAAGAUCCAGGGCCCACUGAGGAAGUAUCCAAUGGUGACGGGUGAGGAGUUUACGAGGAAUGCCAUGAGCCGGAACUAUCAGGCUAUACAAGAUAAACUAAAGAAGGAGAAGGAGCCGGCGGUAGCGGUUGUCGAAGUGAGCGCGACGGUAGCCGAGGUAAGUGCUACGUGA